AUGUCUGACAAUGAAUUAAAUUAUAAAACAACAAAAAUAACUUCAAGGUAGAAUAAAAAGAGAAGAUAAUAAUAAUUACCACCUGAAUCUCUAUAUGAUAUGUUUCCUUAAUUUGAUAAAGAAAUUGUUGAGUAAUGUUAUCGAUCAGAAAAAGCAAAUCUUCAAAAUACUGUAUCAAAGUUAUUGGAAAUGCAAAGUGAACCAGAAAUACCAAAAAACUUGAUAGAUGUAUAGGAUGAAGACAUUAAUAAAUACAUAAAAGAGUUUGAAAAGUUAGAGAACGAGGAAUGUUUAGAGAAAUUAAAUGAUGGAUUUUAUUUAGAGGAUUAAUCAGAAGAGUAUAAUACUUUAAAAGCUGAAGUUUCAAUGAUUUGGUUAGAUGAACCUGAAUUCAAAGAUGUAUUGGAUUCAUGUGAUAAAUUUUAUUAAGAAACAAAAAAUGAAGAAAACAAUACAAUUUAUCUUGAUUUAUUAGGUGUAGAUGUUAAUUCAAUAUCUCCUGACUUUAUAAACAACAUAUAAUCAUAUAUGCACUAAUUAAUAAACUAAUAAAAAUAAAACUAAAUUAAGGAUGAUUAUAAUGAAUUUCCUUUUUUGAUUCCUCCUGAUGAAAACUAAACAAUCGAAUUAAUGACAAACAAAGAGAUCCUCUCUUAAUAGAUGCAAGUUUCUAAAAAUGUUAAUCCUUCAAAUCUAAGAAAGUUUAUAAAUUCUUGGACCUAACAACAGUAAACAAAACAAGAUUCACCUUCUCUUUUUUUAAGAUUAUGCGAAGAAUUUCCUUUUUUUCCUUAUUCAAAGAUCAAAUUUGCAUUUGAAUAAUUAGGAUCAUAUGAAUAUUGCAAAUGUUUUCUUACUAAAUAUUAUAAUGAUGAAUAUUAUCCAAAAGAUAUCCAAAGACCUAAAGUAAUAACAUCCUUGGAUAAAGAUAAUUAAAAUCAAUAAAAGAAUUAUACAGUAAGUGAGAAAUACCGAAAUUUAUCUGAGAAUGAACUAAGAUAAUUAUUUAAUAGUAAUAGAUAGAAGAUAAAAGAGAUUAGAAAUAGUUCCUAAGUUGUGAAUAGAUGUGCAGGUAAUAAAUAUGAAUAUAUAUCGAGGAAAAUAUGCUAAUUUGGCAACAGGAGCUAAAUUAAAUCACUAUUAUGAAGCUUAAUAUAAGAAGAUACAAAAUUUAGAAUGUGAAGGUAUCAAAAUAUUUGUAGCUUUGAUUGUUGCUGAAGAAUCAUUUACAAAAAUAGAUUUACAUGGCAUAUAUGGAGGUGAAGUAGAAGAAUUAUUGGAUGAAUUAAUAGAAUAGAUUAAAAUAUAUAAAACAAGAUUAAAAAAAAUAAACAUUGAUGUAGAGUUUAUAGUAGGGAAAGGUAAUAAAAUUAAAUUAUAUGCUUAGGUUUACAUUCAAAAAAUAGAAUACCAGUAAUUGGACCAAUUGCUUUAUAAUAUUUUAGAUCAUGCAAUUAUAUAAUAGUUGGAUAAUAUGAGGGAAGAAUGAUUAUUAAAAUAUGA